AUGGUCUCAUUAGCCAAUGACUCCCCCAACCUGUGGAACUCAUCGCUGCAGGAUACAGAGGCAAACAAGUCAUGCUUCUCUCUGGAGGAAGAUGAGCUGAGCCUGCACUUGGUUCCCGCCUGCAGCGAUGCUAUCCUGGAGGCCGAAGGGAUCCUGGGAACGAUGCAGAGCUACCUGGACUCCUCCAUGAUCUCUAUCAUCGAGGACUUCGGCACCCUGACCGAGAACAAGGCCUGCCUGGAUGCUCCAAACGAGCUGUCCCUGCUGACGGCCAUCACCGAGAUUCUGGACAGCACGGACGACGAGACCCUGUCUCCGUUUGACACCACCCUGGACUCCGAAUUGCUGGCACUGCCCCGGGAACGCGAGAGUUCUUCGUUUCAGAAGUUUCUCAGCUUGUCCCGGGCCUCCCCUGAGCGCAGCGUUCCUGCCCUAGAUGAUCCGUGGGGGCUCAGCGGCCCAGCUGCCAUCGGCAAGGUGAGAGGGCAGCUCCUCGGCGAGAGCCGGAGGCCGGGGCAAGCACGGGUGGAGACGGGCCCCGUGGAUCUGCCCUGGAACCGUCCACUGAGCUGCCUCGACGAGCCGGCAGUGCCAAAGCCGCGCCCCAGCAGAGCGCCCCGGGCGGAGCGGAAGCUCCCCAGGCCCCAGCCCCUCCCGCAGCGCAGCGAUGGGGAGGAGGAGGAGGAGGCUGCUAGCCCUGGGCAGCACGGCGGCGUGGCAGUGACGGGGGGUCUGCGGGAGAGCCCCAUGGAUUUGUGCGCCGAGGCUGGGGGUGAGGAGGCGGCGUGGCCGGAAGACACUGACACUCCCUGCAUCAUUAGCACGGGGGCCGGGUCCCUCAGCGAGCUGGUGAAGUCCAUGCACCCGUACUGCCUGCCCACGCUCACCGUGUGCCUGGACCCUGCCAGCGAGCCGGUGGCGAAGGAGUUCUUAACCAGCCCGCUCCUGCUGGAGAUCGUGCCGGGCGAAGGCGAGAGCCUGGAGAUCCCCGUGGUCCUGCAGCAGCUGGGCCCAGGAGCCCAGCUCCCAGUUGAAGGGGAGGGAGCCAGCGGUUGCCUGGCUGGCGAGGGGGAUGGUGCCCUGGAGCCGUUGCCUACGGAUGGUGUGGUGCCAGUGGGAAUGCCUGCCCAGGGGUGCGAGACUGGGGGCCCCGUCAGGGCCCCCCAAGAGGAGCCUCCCAGCCCGACCCAGGAGAGAGAGUCCCCCCGGGGGGUUGACCCCGAAGCGAAGGACGAGGCGAGGCGAAGAGACCAGGAUCUGGAGAGCAGCUCCCGGCACAGCACAGAGGCGCCAGUGGGCAGGAAGCGCCAGGGCACUGAGAAGGGCCGAGGGCGCGAGAGGGCCCGGAAAAGCCGGAAAAAGAAAAGGGAGGAAUCGCAGAAGGGCCAGGCCAAGCCAGAUGGGGACUGUGCGGUGCGCAGGCUCCGCUCCACGUCCGCGGGGCAGCCGCCAGCCACCCAGCGCUCCCCCAGCCGGGCAGCCCGGCCGUCCGUGCAAGUGUCCACCUUCCUGGAAAAGCAGCUGGAGCAGGCCAAGAAGGAAGGGCAGAUGGAGCUGCGAUCGGCCAGAGGGAGACCGAGGGCAGCGGCAGCAGGGGGUGGCCCGCAGAGGAAGGGUCGCCCUGAGGUGCAGAAGGAGCUGGAGGCUGAGAAGCCCAACCCGCAGCCAGCUGUGCAGAGCGCGGAGACCCCCGGGCCCUCGGAGCGGGCCGUGCCCAGCCCCGGGGAGCAGCCGGCUGCCGUGGGACCCGGCCCAGCCGAGCAGGGAGAGGUAGCUCCUGGGUGCAGUGAGGGGAGCCGGCCUGCCCCCACCAAAGGGAGCACCCCCCCGCACCAUGACCUUAGUGCUGGCGGGGAGGCUGCCGGCUGGCCAUCCAAGCCCAGGGCGCUCAGCCUGACCGAGUACCGGCUGCGGAUGCUGCGUCGCCAGCCCAGCGGGGCCGACGGGAAGGAGGGGGAGAAGCAGGCAGCGAGCAAGUGGCCCAGCGUCCCCGAGCCCCCCACGGAGCUGGCCGAGAUCCCGUGCCUAAUGGCGCCCGUACGCCCCCCGCCCUCGCAGCCUGCCCAGCCCAUGGAGACGCCCAGCUCCCAGAGGGGCCCAGAGAAACCUGCCAGCCCCCCUGCCACCCCUCCUCUGGCCAGAAAGGCACCUGCGGGGCCCCCCAAGACUCUGCCGGCUCCAGUGCCCCCGGGGCUACAGCUGCCUGUCCUCCCGCCGGCCCUGGGGGCUGCUGCUGCAGUGAUCCCGCUGGCCUCCCCGGCGCCCUAUGCCCUCUACCCACCGGUGCCUUCCUGGCCUUGCUUUGGGCCCCCGCCUGCCAGCUACCCCAGUCUGCCUCCACCACCGGCCGCUGGCGGGUCACCCAACGCCUUUCACCUGGUGCCUGGCCUGCCCCCGCCAGCCGUUGCCUGGCCUACCCCUGCCCUGCCACCACCUCCCUUUGGCCCAGGUGUGCCGUGUGCCCCCAUGGGCUGGCCCCUGGGCCUCCAGCCACCCUACUGGCCCGGGGUCCCCCUGCCGCCGCCAGUGCCUCCAAUGGUGUACAGCGAUCCAGGGGCCGCUCUGCAGAGCCCGGGGGCAAACCCCUUCCCAGGUAGCCCAGCCGCCCUGGCACCAAGCUGCCAAGAGACCUCAGCUUUCACAGCACAGCCAAUGAAGCCAGUGCUAGCCAGCCAGGCCACCGCUGCUGCCAAGCACGAGGUGCCAGCCCAGCCCCCCCAGCGCGGGCCACAGCCCUCUGGCCGGGCAUCUGAUCCCAGGAGGCAGAGCCGGCCUGUGGGCGAGUCACCUGCCGCCCAGCCUGUAGGGCGGCCCCCUAUUGCCACCGCCCGGACCAUGGGGGAGUCAACUGCUGCCUGGCCUGUGGGGCAGCCCCCUGCCCAGUCCACGAGGGAGCCCACUGCCCCCCAGCCUGUGGGGAAGUCAUCUGCCGCCCAGCCCCCUAUUGUCACCACCCGGACUGUGGGGGAGUCUGUUUCUGCUGCUGCCCCUUGGCCCGUGGAGGAGUCAACCACUGCCCAGCCUGUGGGGCAGUCCCCUGCCCCUCGGCCUGUGGGGCAGCCCCCUGCCCAGCCCACAAGAGAGCUCCCUCCUCCCCCUGCCCAGCCCACAAGGGAGCCCCCUGCCCCAUGGCCUGUGGGGGAACCCCCUGCCCAGCCCACGAGGGAGCCCCCUGUCACCCGGCCUGUGGGGGAGCCCUCUGCCUCCCGGGCAGUGGGUGAGUCAUCUGCUGCCCAGCCCUCUAUUGCCACCGCCCCGCCCGUGUGGGAGUCUGUUUCUGCUGCUGCCCCUCGGCCCGUGGGGGAAUCAACCGCUGCCCAGCCUGUGCGGGAUCCCCCUGCUCAGCCCGCAAGGGAGUCCCCUGCCCCCCGGCCUGUGGGGGAGCCCCCUGAUACCUGCCCCAGGGCAGAGACUGCAGCUCCAGCAAAGGUCCCAGUGCCCAGCCUGCUGGAGGGGGCCCGGCCAGACCCCAAGGGAGCUGUCCUGCAAGAUCCUCGGCCGCCUGGGCACACGUCCAUCCCUGGGAAAGUGGGGGCACUGCUGAGAGCACGUGAGGAGAGCCAGCCCACCAAGCCGGCCCCUGCCCAGCCAUGGAGACACCGGCCUCUCAUCAGCCCGGCCCAGCCUGGCGCCAGGAAGGACAUCGUGCAGGCCUUCAUCAGUGAAAUCGGAAUCGAAGCCUCCGACCUGUCCAGCCUGCUGGAGCAGUUUGAGAAGACUGAAGCCACGAAGGAGGAGCUGCACGUGCGAUGCCCUAGAGACAGGCUGGCGCCAGGGAACGCUGGCAGGUCGGAGAGCCACCACGACAAGAACCCGCCGGACAGCCUGCAUGCCCCGGAGCUGGCCAACGUCGCCGGCCUCACCCCGCCGGCGACGCCGCCCCACCAGCUCUGGAAGCCCCUGGCUGCCGUCUCACUGCUGGGGAAGCCCGGGGCCGCCCCCCAGGAGGGCAGCCAGAGAACUGCCAAGUUCAUGGAAGCGAAGCCACUGCCUCAGAGCAAACCUCGGGGGAAGGGCCCGCCCCCCACGACCUGCGGCCCACCCCCCAGCCACGUGGGCUCCGGAGACCAUGACUACUGCGUCCGUGGCUCCGCCCAGCCAGAGGAGGGCGCCAGGCUCCCCGGCACACCGGCCCCGUCGGAGCUGGGCUCCCGCUGGAACGUGAAGCAUCACCAGGAUAUCACCAUCAAGCUGCCCUCCUCCCUCUCCACACGGACGCUGGCCUGGCCCGGGCUCAGCCCCCAGCCUGGCACUGCCCCUGGCUCCAGCGAGCAGCUGGAUCACCGGACUAGUGCCCAAAGCCAGGUUACCGCUGGCAGGAGCAGCCCCCCCACCUCGGUCCUGCUGUCUCCGGACGCAUCCCCCUGCCGGGACGAGGAGCUGCCGACUCGGGACCCGCAGCCGAAGCAGCUGGCUGCCAAGAGGUCCCUGCGCUGCUACCGGAGACGUGGGGCCUCGCCAAGCCCCCGGGCCCGCACCAGCCGCUCUUUCAGCUCCACGUCCAGCGGGGCCAGCGCCUCCUCGUCUUCCUCCUCCUCGUCCUCCCGGUCUCGGUCCCGGUCGCUGUCCCCCCCUCCAAAGCGGUGGCGAAGGUAUCGCUCAAGACGCUCCCGCAGCUCCCACUCCUCCCGCUCUAGCUGCGGGUCGUGCGGCCGGUCCCGGGGGAGGUCGUCGUCAUCCUCCUCCUCGUCCUACUCGUCCAGAUCCUCCUCGGCUUCCCGCAGCCGCUCCCGCUCCCCAUCCCCCCGCAGGAGGAGUAACCGGAGGAGAAGAUACGAUUACGGCGACCCUCCGGAUCACUGCCAGCACCCGAAAGUCCUCCACAAGGAACGUGCUAUAGAGGAGAGGAGAGUCGUCUUCAUCGGCAAGAUCCCCAGCAGGAUGACGCGGGCAGAGCUCCGGCACCGCUUCUCCGUGUUCGGGGACAUUGAGGAGUGCACCCUCCACUUCCGGGCUGAGGGGGACAACUACGGCUUCGUCACCUACCGCUACGCCAAGGAGGCCUUCGCCGCCAUCGAGAGCGGCCACAAACUGCGGCGCCCGGACGAGCAGCCCUUCGACCUGUGCUUCGGGGGGCGCCGCCAGUUCUGCCGGAGGAACUACGCGGACCUGGAUUCCAACCGGGAAGAUUUAGACCCUGCCCCCAUCAAGAGCAAGUUCGACUCCCUCGACUUCGACACCUUAUUGAAACAGGCGCAGCGCAACCUGCGGAGGUAGCGCUGGGCCCAUGGCGGCUCUGCCCGGUGCCCGCGGGAGGUGCCCCGGCCUGGCUGCAGCUGAGCAGGGCUUUACAGAGAAACGAAAAAGACAAAAAAAAGUGUCAAACCAGAUUUUUUAAACCAUUUGUUUUUAUAACAAAUAUUUAAGGCAGAUGAAUUGUCUCUGUUAACUGAGGGGCUGCCCCAGCCCAGUCACUCCGGUUAAUAAA